AGGAGGAGGCGGAAGAUGGCGGCGGCCGCGGCGGCGGCGCUGCGGGCCUGGUUCUGGAACGAGCGGUUCUGGCUCCCGCACAACGUGACGUGGGCGGACCUGGCGGGCGAGCCGGGCAGCGGGCUGCAGUACCCGCGGGCCGCGCACGUCCUGUCCGCCUUCCCGCUGGCGCUCGGCAUCUUCGCCGUGCGGCUGCUCUUCGAGAGGUUUAUUGCCAAGCCGUGUGCCAUAAACCUUGGCAUCCAGGACAGUGGACCUCACAGAGCCCAGCCCAAUGCAAUCCUAGAGAAAGUGUUUACAUCCAUCACCAAGUCUCCAGAUGCAAAACGGUUGGAAGGCUUGUCCAAGCAGCUGGACUGGGACGUCCGGAAGAUCCAGCGCUGGUUCCGGCACCGGAGGAACCAGGACAAACCCACCACCCUCACGAAAUUUUGUGAGAGCAUGUGGAGAUUUACAUUUUAUUUAAGUAUAUUUUUUUAUGGAAUCAGGUUUCUCUGGACGGCCCCCUGGUUUUGGGACACACGACAGUGCUGGUACAACUACCCUUUCCAGCCUCUAACAUCCAGGCUUUAUUAUUACUAUAUCUUGGAGCUGGCCUUCUACUGGUCCCUCAUGUUUUCUCAGUUUACAGACAUUAAACGGAAGGACUUCCUGAUCAUGUUCGUCCAUCACUUGGCCACCAUCGGACUCAUCACCUUCUCUUACAUGAACAACAUGGUGCGGGUUGGGACCCUGGUGCUGUGCCUCCACGAUGCCUCAGAUUUCCUUUUGGAGGCUGCAAAACUGGCCAACUAUGCCAAGUACCAGCGGGUGUGUGAUGCUUUCUUCAUGCUCUUUGGGGUCGUGUUCAUCGUGACACGGUUGGGCAUUUACCCUUUCUGGAUUCUGAACACGACCCUGUUUGAAAGCUGGGAGCUGAUCGGUCCUUACCCUUCCUGGUGGCUCUUCAACGGGCUCCUGGUGACCCUGCAGGUCCUGCACAUCAUCUGGUCUUACCUCAUCAUCCGCACGGCCUCCAAGGCCCUGGUGCGGGGCAAGAUUGGAGCUGGACAGUUCCACCCUUUGCAUGUGUCCAAGGAUGACCGCAGUGACGUGGAGAGCAGCUCUGAGGAGGAGGAUGUGACCUGCAACAGCACAAAAGGAGUUCCCAGCACUUCCAGCAACGGCUCCAACCGCCUCAACGGCCACGUGGCCGGUGGCCAGUGGACAGGAGAGGAGUAAAGGCCCUGGGCUGGCCUUGAGCGAGCACGGACUUCUCUUUCAAUAUCUAGUUGCGUUGAGCUCCACAUUCCCAAGUGAUCUUUAAUCAAAAAAA